CUUCCGCCUCGCGGUGUUCAGACAGGAUCCGAUACAAGGACUUUAUCGUUACAGGUUUCAUUACAGUAUCCUAGCAAGUCUAGAAAGCAUGGCAUUUUUGUAUUGUCGGUAAAAAAAAAUUGUUGCUGCAGUCGGGAGAUGUACAUGUAGUACUUCUUUUCUCGGAGUAAUGCGCUUUUUUUGUUCGGCUUCAGGCUCAGACAGGCAGUAAAAGUAGUUGUCGAAUGAUCCAUUAAAGUACAAGUACUGCUGGUCAUCAUCAUCAUGCCACCACGUCGCAAUCGCAACCGAGCACAGGGCGCCGCGGCCGCGGCAGGGGCACAAGCGCAGGCGGCUGCAGCGGCACCGGUCGAGCCGGCGCCAGGAGAGCAAGUCCCAGCGGUAAACCAACAAGCACCGCCAGCAAUUGCGCCUCCACCGUUUCCGCUGCAGGUCCCCGGACGGACAGCGAACGAUUUGCAAGCCAAGCUGCUGGAUCUCGAGUACGAGAGGGCGCCGCGUGUUGCGCGACGAAAGUUUGCGAACCUCGGGCUCAACGUAUUUGAUAUUGUUGUCGAUUUUCAUCUAUGAUUUUGUCGUGUCGUGUCCACAAACAAACCUCUACGGUGUCGCACGGACCAAGUACAUUGCUGCUGCUUUGUUUUGACAGAGAAAAAUUGGACCCAACGAAAUAAAUAUGAAAGAUGUGGAACCUUUGCGCCGCGAAGAAUAUGGGCUACGCCGAGCACGGCGGCUUAGACGACCCGCUCAAGCGAAUCAUUCUCAGUUUCGUCGGCGACGCACCACUCGAGGGCCAGACGAACCCGGGUUUCGCCGCGCGGCGCAUGAAAGAGAUGACCGCUGCGACGCACCGCCAGAUGGCAGCAAAAAUCAUCGACAACAUCUUGCCGCUUUGCGAGAAGGCGACGAAGCUGGGGAAUGUUGGCGUAAACAUUAAGUUUGAAGACGCGGUGAAAAAUAGUUGCGGCAUCCCGUCGCAGAAGCCCGACGCAAACUACUGGGAAUCUCUGUUGAAAAUUGUGCCAGCCGUGAAAGAAGCCAUUGAACGGGCUGGCUUUACUGCAACCGCGGUGCCCGCAAAGCCAGACGCCGAGAAGGAGGAAGACAAGCAAUGGAAGGAGAAGGGAGUGCUGAGGGUCGAGUGGGGCUAAACCGUGCCUAUCAUCCGCGAACUCCACUUCCGAAAAUAGUCUGAAGCGAUCCGAUCCAGUUUCUCUUUUCGCCGUCUUGUUCGCGAAUCCACAUUGAUAUGUCGAAAGCGCUUCUGUUUUGGUCGAUGACAAGGAAACCCGAAGGACAAAUAAAAAGUAGCAGAAGGGACUGAAGUCUACCCGAAGACAGAGGUGUUGUUUAGAACUCAUUCUGUUAUGUUUCGAAAAAAGAUAAAGAUUCCAUCUCUCUCUCGUCCAAAGGAAAAAACUAUGAUGAUCGCGAUGCUCUUGUCCUCAUGCCGACCAACAACAUAAUCUCUCUGCCUGAUAAUGCAAUUCAUACAAAAUGUCCAGCGCGCACGAACUCCAACUACUUGC